UAAAAUAACCUAAUAUUUACAUAGUUCAGCUUCUCACAUUCAUGGUUUGGAUAACAUUUGGGUAAAGAGCUGUGGAUAAGAUUGAUGCGGUAACGUUUGAGCAUUUAUUCCUGAAUUAUUUUUUAUCGAACCUGUUAUGAAUAAGACUUAGAACCCUUUAUCAGUUCCCAACUGUACAUAUAGACUAUAUCUGUAUUAUUUACCUAGUUCAACUGCUUUACUUCCAUAGAUCGGACAACAUUAGGAAAAAGAGCUGUGGAUAAGGUUGCCGAGGUAACUUUAUUUAAUCAAUUAUUUCUUAUUAAGCCUACAAUAAAUAAGAAAGCUUUCUCAGUUCUCAAACUUGCAUGCAGACGAUAUCAGUGUCUGGCUCCAUACUUUAUAAUAAAGUAGCGUAGUACCGAUUGGUUCAACAUCAGCUGCUUUACAUGUGAUGUUUGUACAACAUUAGGAUAAAGAGCUGUGGAUAAGGUCGCCACAGUAACUUUUGGUCUACUUUUGACACACCCAGAUGCGAGCCAGACUCUUGUAUUUCUCAACCGUUCAUGUGAAAUCCACUGCUAGCCCUUCAGACAUACUCAAAUGGUUUUAGCGCUUAUUCCACAUCAGAAUCGAAGGAAAAGUGUCGUUUUGAUACAGUCGCUCAAGCGGUGCGGUCCUUCACGUUCACAGACUAAAGAUGUCACCGUUGGUGCUGGGAGUCGGAGCGUGCUUAGCUGGCUGGAUUGCUCUUUAUGCUUUGCUGUGCUACACAAACGGCUCUUGUGGCUAUGAGUGGAACUGUCGGCUAGUUACGCUAUUCCAUGGCAUCCUUGCAGUCUGUAUAACUGCCUACAUUGGAUACGUAGAUGGACCGUGGCCUUUCACCUACCCAGGUACAAAGAACACCCCUCUGCAGAUCACCGCUUUGGUGGUCAGUCUGGGCUACUUUAUAUUCGACAUGGCCUGGUGCGUGUACUUCCGCACAGAGGGCCUGGUGAUGCUCGCCCACCACACCAUGAGCAUCCUGGGUAUUCUGCUCACCCUGUGGCUGGAGGAGUCGGGCAUCGAGUCCUGCGCCGUGCUGUUCGGCAGCGAGAUUACAAACCCCCUCCUGCAGACGCGCUGGUUUUUGAAACACUCCGGCCGCUACGACGGCUUCCUCGGGGACGCGGUGGACGCUCUGUUCGUGCUGUUGUUUGUGUGCAUGCGCAUCUUCGUCGGCGGCGCCAUGCUGUACUGCGAGCUGAUCUCUCCGAGACCCAAGUUCAUCAUCAAAUGUGGCGGCGUGGCCAUGUACGCGCUGUCCUGGGUGUUCAUGGUCGACAUCGGCCGCUUCGCGUACCGCAAAUACCAGCGCUGGACGAACGGCCACAGGGCGGCGGAGGUCAAUGGGCGGGAUGCGAAGAGAGACUGAAAGAUCUCUCAGAUCAGCGUUCGGCCUCUUGUUUCUAACACUGGAGAGAAGGGGGAGAAUCAGAACAAGUGUGCCAGCUAAUAAAGCUCUGCAGCUAAUAGAUGUUUACAUAUUUUUUAAAAGGAUAUCAGCCAUUAAAGUUUAUUUCUGGUUGGUAAUAUACACAUUAACUCUAAAUUCUUACAAUCAAAUCUAAUUUGUUAUAUUUGUACUCAUAUAGAACGACGUGUUUAAGUACUGGAAAUAUUUGAUAUUUUUGUAAUUAGGAACACUACUUGUUAUAAAUUUUAAUUAGCGAUGUUGCUUUUACUUUUUCUUUUUUUUCCCCCAUUAAACUUUUAGUACGUGCAAUAUUCAGAAAUGAUCACGAAACGCUACUAAAUGUUUCUGGAAGAUUACCGAAUGAUUUGUGUGCGAUUAACGACUCGUCUUAGAAGUGUAACCUAUUUUUAAAUCGUGAGGCUGAGUGUUGUCUUACAGGCUGUUUUCAUCUGUUACGGUGAUUUGACCACACCGGAUGAUAAAUCGGCAAACGUCGUCACCGUCAUUACAAUAAUGCAUUUUUAGGGUGUUGUAAUGUUGCAGUCGAUCAACGAAAAAUGUAUUAAAGUUUAUUCAAUGACAUCCUGAUUUGAAAGAACCUCUUCUGAUUAAUGCGAUCCAAUUCUGAAUCACAAAUCAUUAAGAUAAUGGGGUUUAAUAACGGAAAUUGAGGUCUUUGUGGUUUAACUGUUUGUUUAAAAAAAAAAACAAGUGUUAUUAAAGGUUACAGUUGGUGUUUUGUAA